AUGUCUGGAAAGCUCGAUCAAUCUCUCGAUGAGAUCCUCUCGACCCAGCGUCGAUCAUCUGUUCGCGGAGGCAAGGCUGGACGCCGCAGCACCCGUCGAACAGCUUCGAACCCCGUUGUUGCCACUCCAGUCAACGGCGUCAAGAAGAGCGCAAGAGGCCCCAAGAAUGUUGUGAAGGCCAUCCCAACGGGUCCAUCAGGUGGAAGUGGAGAGAGCAAGAUUCUCGUGAGCAACUUGCCUAAGGAUGUGAACGAGGCCAUGAUUAAGGAAUACUUUACCAAAUCAAUUGGACCAAUCAAGCGGGUCGACAUCUCAUAUGGACCCGGAGGAACUAGCCGUGGUAUUGCUACCAUUACUUUCGUUCGCCCAGGCUCCGCAACCAAAGCUACCGAGACCCUCAAUGGAGUGCUUGUUGAUGGCAAGAGCAUGAAGAUUGAUGUUAUUCUUGACGCAAAGCAUGCAGCAGCACUUCCACCUCCCAAGGGCCUUACCGCCGCCACCAAGCCUACUGCUACAACUAAAGGAAAGGCUGCCCGUGGACGCGGAAAGGCUAAGAGUGCACGCCCUACUAAGAAGACCGCCGAGGAGCUUGACUCUGAGAUGGUUGACUACUUUGGUGGUGGCGCCGCACCAGCUGAGUCCGGCGGCGCAACCACCGCACCAGCACAGCCGGCCACAAGUGGUGAUGCUAACAUGGAUGAUGAUAUUCUGUGA